AUGCAGUGUGCCCGUCGCAAAUUCUCCGGCCUGUUCCUGCGUCGCUGUUUCUCCUCGUCUGCGCCCCGUCACGAGAUCCGCGAUAUUGGCGCUUUAUCGCAGCGGCUGAUCCCCAAAUACCAAGAAUCUCAAGGCGAACUUCUUUCUCUCCAAUGGCCAGCGCCGCCACGAAACAUCUUGCUGGUGCGCAAGGAUUGCGCUCCAACGGUGACAGAGUCUCUUAUUGAGUUUGCCAAUCAUAUCACCUCCACGUAUCCAUCCACCGCUGUGAUCCUCGAAUCCAAAACCGCGGCCGAAGUUCAUUCGUCGCUACCGUUCCCCGUCUACUCUGCAUCCUUGGACGAGAACCCAACUGCGUUUCAUAACAAGGUGGACCUUACGGUGACACUGGGGGGAGAUGGCACCAUCCUCCAUGCAUCCUCGCUCUUUGCUACUUGCUCCAAUGUUCCCCCGGUCCUAUCGUUCAGCAUGGGCACACUAGGGUUCCUUAGUGAAUGGAAAUUCUCCGAAUUCAAACGAGCAUUUCGAGAAGUUUACAUGUCCGGAGCCGGAGCCGGAGAUCGCACGCCUGUCCUGGAAGAUAAGAUACACACUGCAGCAGAUACCAAAGAGCCCACACAGGAAUCAGUGGGACCGACAGGCUGGUCCUCGGUCCGGGGCAAGUCCAUGGGUAGUACUCGUGGGGCCCCGAUCUUGAUGCGCAAUCGCCUUAAGGUUGGGCUUUUCACGGGCGAUGGCCAAGAGACAACUCCCGUUGGCGGCAAAAGUGAUCAGGGAAAAGGAGUCUAUGUCAUGAAUGAACUGCUUAUCCACCGUGGUAAAGAGCCACAUCUUGCCGUGGUGGAUAUCUCUGUUGGGGGUCGCUUUCUGACCGAGGCGGUGGUUGACGGCAUCAUCAUUUCAACCCCGACGGGUAGUACAGCGUACAGCCUAAGCAGUGGUGGCAGUAUCGUCCAUCCAUUGGUGCCAUCCAUUCUGCUGACGCCCAUCUGCCCGCGUAGCCUCAGUUUCAGACCCCUCGUAUUGCCGCUGAGCACGCCGAUCACAAUGCGGCUCAGCGAUAAGAACCGUGGUCGUGAACUGGAGGUCAGUCUAGACGGGGUCAACCUUGGCCAAGGAAUGGCGACCGGCAUGGAGGUCCGAGUGUGGAAUGAGGAGAUGCGACAUGGUAUGAAUGAAUGGCAAGGCGGCGUGCCCAGUGUCAUGCGGAGAAGUAUGGGCGAUGAAGCGCACGAAGGGUGGGUUGGUGGCUUGAAUGGGCUACUCAAGUUCAACCAUCCAUUUGGCGAAUAG